UGAAAAAUGGUAUAAAUAUACAGUAAGCGCAUUGUUUCAAACAAUAUUAGUUAUCAACUGUAAAAAUGUUGUCUUUAAUUAAAUUAUCACCAAUUGUGUUAUGCCUAUUGUUAGUUUGUCCACUAUUGGUACAGUCGGGCAGAUACGGCUGUUUUACUCCAAUUAAUGCCAUACCUGGUUGUGUAUGUGCGUCAAUCUUUAGUACAGUCGACUUUACAUACAAAACCACUCUAACGUGUAGUGGAAUACCGCCCGCAAUAACUAUAGUCCAAUUGAAGGAAAACUUGAAUAAACUAAACGGUUAUGACAUCGACGACCUAAUUAUUAAUAACUUUCCUCUCAGUUCAUUACCCGGCGAUGUAUUUGACGAAAAAACAAUUAUUCGGCGAAUUAUUAUUAAUAACUCACCAAAACUCGAGGCAUUUGGCUCUAAAGACAACUCAUUUUUUUCAAAAAUAGCAACAAAUGUCGAAUCAAUUAUUAUAGCCAACAGUCCUAAUAUACAGAGAGAACAGUGGCUAAAAUUGUCCGAAGCUCUGGCUGGUGGGGGUGGGGUUGAUGAUGGUACUAGAAAAAGUACACGAGCAGGUGGUCGGCUCAGGGAUUUGGUGAUCUACAAAAAUAUCAACUUUGAUGUCGACAAUUUAGCUGAUUUCGAGAAAGUUGCCCCAACUAUUGAAAGAUUGAUACUAAAAGGCACCGGUAUUACUAAAAUUACUCCCGAUUUGACUUCAUUUUCUGCCCUACGCUAUUUGGACAUAUCGGAGACGCCUAACUUGAAAACGUUUGAAUUAAAGGUAGAACUGCCCGUUACAUUACAUACUAUUAAUCUUAAAGGCACGAGUAUAGCAUAUUUUGAAAAGGACUCACACAAAAAUUUAGGCAAAGCUUUAUUUGUUGAUAUAACCGGUAGCAAUAAACUAGAUUGCAAUUGUGACAAAAUUGGCACUGAGAAUAUUAAUGUAGAAGCAUUUAUUAAACGUUUUGAUGGGGCUAAAUGUGGAAUACCAUCUCAAUUGGUUAACCAACCGUACGGAACAAUUUGUUUGGAAAAGAAUAGACAGUCUUUCUAUACAAAACAAUUGGGUUACAAACCGUUGUCAAUGUUGGCUAAAUUUAUUAACAAUUAAACACAAAUAUUUUUUUAUUAUUAUAAAAUAUAAUUAA